AGAAUUGACCCUCCAAACGUGACCGUCAGGUAUUGGACUGUUCCAAUCUUAAAUUGGCGAAGCUGUCAAUUUAUCAACAAAUAUCUACUGGACUUAAAAAUUUUAUUUUUAUCUUUUCUUUUUGUCAAACUUUGGUUUUGAAACAAAGACUCGUUUGUAGUUUGGUUUUAAUGAGCUAAAAGGAAAGGCAGUGUCCGGAUCUGAGAUGGUUUUUGUUAGAUUUUAUUUUCAUAUUUGAAAUGAUGAUAACAAUGCUUUCCUUCUGAAGUAAUUGAAAAAAAAAAAAAACUGAUUGUCUUUUUAGCUUUUCAUUUUUAAUAUUUUAAUAAUUUAAUGAUCCAAAUCUGACAACCAAACCACAUGAGGAAGAAGCUCGAUACCCGUUUCCCAGCUGCUGGUUGGUUUCAAACACGUUAGGUGAUUUGGUACCAAAAAUUCAGUUGAUUGAUAUUAUGGCAAUGUAUUUUGUGUAUAUAAUUGGGAUCGGAUUUUCUUUCUCUAAUAUGAGGAAUGAAAGAAACGAAGGGCAAAUGGGCUCGCAUUAAAAAGAUUAUGCAAGCUGAUGAAGAUGUUGGGAAGAUUGCAUUAGCAGUGCCUGUUUUAGUUUCUAAAGCAUUGGAAUUGUUUUUACAAGACCUUUGUGAUCAUACAUAUGAGAUUACCCUUCAGAGAGGAGCAAAGACCAUGAAUUCAUUGCAUUUAAAGCAUUGUGUGCAGAGCUAUAAUGUAUUUGAUUUUCUGAGGGACAUUGUCAGCCGAGUUCCUGACUAUAGUCAUGGUCAUUCUGAUGCUGCUGCCGAUGAUCGAACUAUUUCCAGGAGAAGGAAAGCUGCUGGAGAUGAAGCCAAUGACAGCGAUGAAGAAUCAAAAAGGAGCAGAAUGCAUGAUGUGGGUCAUGCAGGCAGCAGUGGCAGAGGGAGAGGCAGGGGACGAGGGAGGGGGCGUGGAAGAGGAGCUCGAAAUGUGGAAAGAGAUGUUCAUCGCGAAAUAGAACUAGAACCCUGCUCAACUCUUCAGCAAAGCAACAAAAGUCAUUCAACCCCUGGAAUGGUGAUAGAUGAUGGUUCUGACUUGAAGGAACCAAUGAAAGAGAGCACAGUUGCUGAAGAUACCAAUCAAGCUGUUGUGAAUUUUGAUCUGAAUGCUGAGGUAGAUGAGAACGUGGAUACAAAGGCCUCAGCAGGUGCUGGUACUGUUGUUGCGCCAGCAACAAUAGCAGCAGUGGCAGCAGCUCAGUCUUCUUCAGCAGAGCCUACAACAGAGACUAAGCAUGAAGAGUACCCAGGCUGGUCUCUUUCAGAUAUGGACAAGAUGGCUAUUGAUCCUCUUCAACUUGCUCAGCUUGGCAGAAGGUUAGAUGAGGACGAAGAGGAUUAUGACGAGGAAGGGUAAGUAGUUAUGGUCCUUAUGGAGCAGGACUCCUAGAAAAAGUUAGUGGUUGAGAUCAGAUUAGCACCUCGGUAGAAAUGUUGAGAAAAGGCAAAAUAGUCAAGAUGACCUCAUUGGGGUAUGGGAGUAUAUCCUAUUUAGGUCUCAAGAGCUCAAAUGCAUCUCUCUCUCUCUCCUCGUUCACUUUCUAUUAUACCAUUUGCUAACAUAACUUUAAAAGGGUAGCUUCUCACAUUAGCAAGACACUAGUCUGGGAACUUUCCCCGUACUCAACAAGAGAAUAUGGCUCCCUAGUGUAAAAGACUUGCCCUUAGAAACUCUAUUAACUAUGAUCAUUUACUGGUUUUGUUUUGAUUAGCUCGUUAACUUUAGUUCAUGAUUGUCAAAUUCAGCUGCCUUGGCCAUUUAUUUAAUUGCUUUAAUUUAGUCUGCCAGUUUCAUCUCCUAUAAUAGACAGUUUGAACUUGAGCUGUCAUUUGCAUUUCAUAUAGCAGGAAGGAACAAUUCAUCCUUCCAUAGCGCUAGGAAUUAGAGCUCAUGAGAAUGGAUGCAAUGAAGAAAUUUUUUUCAUGCAUAUCAAUUUUCACAAGUAUGAGUCGACAUGUUUUAGCAUCUUGGAUUAAGAGGGAAGACGGGUAGCCUAGGCCCAGGCUUGUGAUUUUCCUGAAAAUAGUGCUGAGUUUGUUAAGUGGCAUUAAUGGUGCAAGUAAUUUCUUGUUGGCUGUAAAGAUGAAAGUAUAUCACUUACAUUUAAUCAAUUAUAAUUAACAAUUAUAUAAGAUCUAUCAAAAUUUUGUAUGGAGGUUAUAUUUUUAAGUGAUAAAAUUUUACAUAAUUUUUUAUUAUGAUUAAAACUUAUAAUAAAAAAAUUACAUACGAAAUGCUUCUGUGAAGAAUUCGGGAACACCGACAACAUUAGGUUUUUUGUUUUGUUGUUGAUAUUGAUAAUUGCCCGAUCCCACAUCGAUGAUCGAUCAAGAUAAGAGGAAGGAAUUUGCAACAUUUACCCGUCCCACAUUGCUUUGAGUCUAAGCCUAGUAAUAUAUAAAAGACUGCAAAUGACUUAAAAGAUAAGUUGUGUGAGCUUGUUUCCCUAGCCUAAUGUCUUGGUUUAGUUUCCGUUAAACCCAGAAACACGCUGGGGGGUUGUUAGGCUACGUUUCCUGAGUGGAAGUUGGCUCGGUUCGAUCAUGAUAGUUUCAGGCAUGUUCUAAUGUCACAGGUUAAGAUCUAAGUUUCAAGAUCAUUUUCGUAUCUCAGAUCAGCUUAACAUAAGAUUCAUAGCACGGGGAAGGUUUCUUUUGCAUCUUAGAUCAACUUAAUACAAUAUCUAUAGUAAUUUGUGAGAUAUUGUUCGUUUUGACUCUUGGAUUUUAUAAUUUUAUUUCACAAAAAAUACCUCAUAAUAAAAAGAUAGUGUGAACUUUUAUAAUCUAGUACACAAUCAAUUUAGGAUUCAUGACUCUUUUCUAGAAUUGUGAUAUAUUUUUUAACUCCAAAUGAAAGUUCAUCGUUUUCAAUGACACAUCGUUAGUACCUUCACUCUUAGCUCUUCCGAUCUAAGUUUUGAUAUCACUUGUCACGGAUUGAAAUUUAAGCUUCAGACUCGCGUUACUCCAAAACACGAAGAUGAUUUUUUUAUUGUCUCAAAUCAACUUAACACAAGAUCUAUAGUAAUUUAUGAAGUAUUAUCCACUCUGAUCUAUUAAAACUCAUAAUUUUAUCUCACAAAAAAUAUCUCAAAAAAAAUAAUAUAAAUUUUUAUCUCUCAUGAUCAAUUGUAGUACGUAAUCAAAGAUAAAUUCAUAACUCUUCUCUAAAAUCAUGACACUUAUACAGUGAUUGCUUCGGUUUUGUGUAAGUCACUUAAUCAUGUAUGAGAGCCAAAGGUCGCGUAAGGCCAUGUCUCGAAGCUAAUCAAUUACUUCUACAAAAUGAGCCCUCGAGUUAGCCAACUUCUGAAUUUCUUCUAAGCUUUCACUACGGUGG